UAACGCUUAAGGCGGGGGGCGGGAAAAGAGUCAAAAAAGGCAGUAGCCGUUAGAUGUAGCAAAAACGGAUGGACCAGAUUAGUUGCUUAACAACGAAAGAUCAAGAGAGGGCGAAAAAGGUAAUAAUUAUUGGAAUGUAGGACCCACAAAGAGGUGAGGAAGAUCAUGAUAAAAAGGAAGAUGCUAUAGAAUAUUCGUAAGAGCCCGUCGUUUCUCCCAUUACCCUCCAAUUAAUACACUAUUUUUUUUAUUUUUUUGUCUUUCCCUUUUUAAAAUGAUCAUCAUCUUCUUCUUCACUCGCCUCAAUUUUUGUUCCCUUCUUCUUCUAUAAUUCAACUGUGAAUUUCACCGACGAAACAAAAAAGAGAGAGAGAGAGAGAGAAACGAUGAGUUCUCAGAUUUCGGAGAUUGAACAAGAGCAGCUGAUCGAGAAGCUUGAGAUCUUCAAGAUCCAUGGCAGAGACAAACGUGGCCGUAAGAUCCUUCGUAUUAUCGGAAAAUUCUUCCCAGCUCGAUUUCUGUCACUGGAUGUGUUGAAGAAGUAUCUAGAGGAGAAGAUAUUUCCUCGAUUAGGUAGAAAACCAUUCGCCGUACUCUACGUCCACACCGGCGUACAGAGAAGCGAGAACUUCCCAGGUAUCUCAGCUCUACGAGCGAUCUACGACGCAAUUCCGGUAAACGUCAGAGACAAUCUUCAGGAGGUUUACUUCCUCCAUCCAGGUCUUCAAUCACGUCUCUUCCUCGCCACCUGCGGCCGAUUUCUAUUUUCCGGCGGGUUGUACGGGAAGCUGAGGUACAUAAGCAGAGUUGAUUAUCUGUGGGAACAUGUGAGGAGGAAUGAGAUAGAGAUGCCGGAGUUUGUAUACGAUCACGAUGAUGAUCUGGAGUAUCGUCCGAUGAUGGAUUACGGUCAAGAAAGCGAUCACGCGAGGGUUUUCGCCGGAGCCGCCGUGGAUUCAUCAGUCUCAAGUUUCUCCAUGAGGUGUAUCUCAUAGCGUAAAAGGCUAAAACUCCACCCACUAGAUAUCGGAUCGUAUCUUAUAAACCAUAUAAUAUACGAAUACGAUUAAUAAUAUAUCAAAAAGAUUGGAAAUAGGUGUGCUUUUUGAAAUUAGUGAGCGUUUUUUAUGGAAAAGAAAAGAAAAGAAAGCAGUUGGCGUCUGGAUAAAGGGAAGGAGGAGAAUCUUUAGAUUUUUUCUUUAAUCUGUUUUUCUUUUGUCUUGAUUAGUUUUUUCUUUAGUGGUGGUGGUUGUGAGUUAGUGUGUAAAAUGUAUAUUGUCAUAUGUGAAUUUAAUAAUAAGUCCUUUUGUAAGAUGAUCAAGGGAAAAUUAGAAAUUGAAAAAAAGUCAUUUUAAAUUUACAGCAGCAAAUAUGAAGUUCUCUCACCCAAAUUAUGGC